AUGGAUGUUUUAAGUAGUGAGAAAAAUUCUAUGAAAAUUCCUUCGGUCGAAUUGCCUGAUGAUUUGCUUGAAGAAAGUUUGAAUCCAUGGAAGUUUUCUUUAAUUGGUAGAUUAGAUUUACAACAAAUUAAGUUUCUCGAUGCUUCAAGAUGGGAAGUUUUGAAUCAAGUGUUACAAGUUAGGAAGUGGAUUUCUAAUUUUAGACCUGCAACUCAGAAAACUUCUAAAGCAAUGGUUUGGGUCAGAUUUCCUGGCUUAAGCUUGGAAUUUUGGAGUGAGAAAGUUUUAUUCACUAUAUGUAAAGAAAUAGGUACUCCAAUCAAAAUAGAUAAUGCUACAACAAAUUGUGAAAAGGGUUAUUAUGCAAAUGUGCUGGUUGAAGUUGAUUUUGCACAUCAUAUUCCUAGUAAGGUAUGGAUUGGUACUAAAUAUGGAGGCUUCUUUCAAGAUGUUUUAAUACCAGAUUGUCCUAAAUUUUGUACUUCCUGUAAGAUUGUUGGUCACUUGAAUUCUGAAUGUAGGUUUGAGAAGAACAAACAUCAAACAGGUAAAUCUUCUGAGGCUAGUCCCAAAAUUAUUCAAAGGAGGGAGAAACCCACUCCAUUUCCAUUUGAUAUUUGUGAACCUUCUUUAGCUGCUGAUGUAGUAGUUGACACUAUCAAAGUCACAGUUCCAUCAAGUAAGGAAGGUGGUGAUGAUAUUUCACAGCAAAGCAAAUUUAGUGUUUUAGAGAAUGUGGAAAAUGAAAUUAGUUAUGAAGUUGAAUUAGUAAAAACUCCAAAAAUUCUAGAAGCAGUUGAAGAAAUAAAUAUCAAUAAUAGUAACAUCAAGUUUGUCAAUGGAACAAAUGGUACAGUGGUUGAUGUACCAAUUCAAGUGACUUCAUGGUCUAAAGUUGUUGAAAAAGAAAUGGUAACUUCUACUUCAGCAAGCUCAUCAGCUGCAAAAAGUCCUGGUGCUUAUCCCAAGGUAAACAGUCAAGUUCCUCUCAACAAUAAAUAUAAUUUCAGAAAAAAUCCUGGUAAAGGGGGUACCAGAAACCCUCCUCCUAAACAAUGA